ACGUAUUUCCCUCCAUUUUCUCCCGCCACUUACACAACAGUAAAUAUAUACUACCAGAUGAAAACCUAAACAUCUGAGAGAAGAUCCAGAUGGAGAAUGCGAAUUCAGCUCCGACAGGUUGCUACAAAUGCGGAAGAACCGGCCACUGGUCUCAUGACUGCCCCGACGCUCCCAAAUCGGACCCUCCCAAUCCCAGAAGAGUCGGCUCCGACAAUCCAAAUUCCACCGGAAAGGGCUGCUACAAGUGCGGAAGACCCGGUCACUGGGCACGUGACUGCCCCGAUCUCGCUAAAUCCGAUCAACCCAAUCCCAAUGCUUCCUCCUCCGGCACCGAAUUUACUUCGAAUCCGCUUCCCAGACCCGAAAAGCCCAAGAAAGUAGCCAAAAGCAGAACCCGACCCAAGCUCACACCCGAACUUCUCCUCUCCGAUGAUGGUCUCGGUUACGUCCUUCGCCACUUCCCUCGGGCUUUUAGGUACCGUGGUCGCGGUCACGAGGUCAGUGAUUUGGGAAAGUUAAUUGAGUUGUACAGAGAAUGGCACAAGCAUUUGAUCCCAUAUUACUCUUUCGAUCAGUUUGUACAUAAAGUCGAUAAAGUUGCUUCUUCCAAACGAGUUAAGAAUUGUAUUAAAGACUUAAGAGAGCGAGUUGCUAGAGGAGGGGAUCCUACAAAAUUUCAUGAAAGUCCAGAUGAGUUUAACCCUCCCACUGAUGAGCAAGUGGCCGGACGGACUGGGGCACAAACUCAUGACCACCAUGAAGGAGAUCAUGUUGAUGAGAUUCAAGAAAGUAUGCUUAAUGAGAUUUACCAGAAGGUUUCUGAGGAACCAUCUCAUGUCAUACACACACCUACGGUUGCUGCUGAAGCACUUGCAGCUGGUGACUCCGAGGCACAUGAGCAAAUGCUGAAUACCGAAGCUAACUGCUCUACUGAAAUCCAUAUUACAGAAGAACAGAGAACUCGGAUGGAAGCUAACAAGGCGAAGGCACUGGAGAGGGCUGCAGCUGCCUCAAGUAUUCGAAUCACAGAAGAGCAGCGUUCUCGCAUGGAAGCUAAUAGGCUAAAAGCACUCGAAAGAGCUGCAGCCAGAGCUCGUUCUUUGCAUUCAGCUUGACUGUUAACUGUCAACUAUAACUGUUUUGGUUAUUUUCUUACCCCGUUUUUUAUUGUGAAUUGCCGUGACUGAAAAUCCCAUAUGCAGACAAUUGUGGUAUCUUAGGUUGUCAGUUUAAGAAUUUGUGCAUUGUAGUAAAAA